AUGGCGAGCCUGUCGAGCCAGCCAUCGAAGAAGGCGAUGCGCACACCUGCAGGGAGUUCCGGUGGGCAUGAAAAAAAAGGAUCGACCGGCCAAACGGUGAAAUUCGCGAGGCGAACAUCUAGUGGGAGAUACGUGAGCCUGUCGAGGGAGGAUCUGGACAUGUCGGGGGAAUUCUCGGGGGACUACACGAACUACACGGUCCACAUACCACCGACCCCCGACAACCAGCCCAUGGACACAUCCGUGGCUGCUAAAGCAGAGGAACAGUACGUGUCGAAUUCUCUCUUCACGGGAGGGUUCAAUAGCGUCACGCGAGCCCAUCUCAUGGAUAAAGUGAUAGAGUCACAGGUCAGCCAUCCCCAGAUGGCGGGAUCCAAGGGCUCGUCGUGCUCAAUGCCCGCCUGUGAUGGAAAAAUCAUGAAGGACGAAAGAGGAAACGAUGUUAUCCCUUGUGAAUGCAGGUUCAAAAUCUGCAGAGAUUGCUACAUGGACGCCCAGAAAGACACGGGCCUGUGCCCGGGAUGCAAGGAGCCAUACAGAGUAGGGGACUUUGAUGAUGAAGUGCCAAACUACUCGAGCGGGGCCCUGUCCCUCCCCGGCCCAGAUGACUCCAAGCGGGGGACCAACAACAACAACAUGUCGAUGAUGAAAAGGAACCAAAACGGGGAGCAAUUUGAUCACAACAAAUGGCUGUUCGAGACUCAAGGCACGUACGGCUAUGGCAAUGCGUACUGGCCCCAAGACGGAGAUGGGUACGGAGAUCAACAGGGCAUGGUGGACACGAACUGCGAUAAACCCUGGAGGCCCCUUAGCCGGGUGAUCAACAUCCCGAACAGCAUCAUCAGCCCUUACAGGCUUCUCAUCUUUCUCCGUCUCAUCAUCCUCUGCUUCUUCCUCACGUGGAGGUUGAGGCAUCCCAACACCGAGGCCGUGUGGCUCUGGCUAAUGUCGGUCGUGUGCGAGAUAUGGUUCGCCUUCUCUUGGAUCCUCGACCAGCUCCCUAAAGUGCACCCCGUGAACCGAACCACCGAUUUAGACGUUCUGCGCGACAAAUUCGAGAUGCCGUCGCCUUCCAAUCCGAGCGGCCGCUCGGACCUUCCGGGGGUCGAUUUGUUCGUGUCGACGGCCGACCCUGAGAAAGAACCGCCUCUCGUGACGGCCAACACCAUACUAUCAAUCCUGGCCGUUGAUUACCCUGUCGAGAAGCUGGCUUGCUAUGUCUCGGAUGAUGGUGGAGCCCUUCUCACGUUCGAGGCCAUGGCUGAGGCUGCUAGCUUCGCCGACUUAUGGGUACCCUUUUGCAGGAAGCACGACAUCGAGCCCCGUAACCCCGAGUCCUACUUUACUCUAAAGGGGGACCCCACCAAGAACAAGAGCCGGCUCGACUUUGUCAAGGACAGGCGGAGGGUCAAGAGGGAGUAUGACGAGUUCAAAGUGAGGAUCAAUGGGUUGCCCGAUUCCAUCAGGAGGAGGUCUGAGGCUUUUAAUGCUAGGGAGGAGAUGAAAAUGCUCAAGCACAUGAGGGAAAGCGGGGCCGACACAUUGGAGCCCAUCAAGGUCCAGAAGGCCACGUGGAUGGCUGAUGGCACUCAUUGGCCUGGGACUUGGCAAGUUCCUUCCCGUGAGCACGCCAAAGGCGAUCACGCAGGAAUUCUCCAGGUAAUGCUUAAGCCUCCUAGUAGUGACCCGCUAAUCGGAAGUUCGGAUGACAAGCUUCUAGAUUUUACUGAUGUGGACAUACGCCUGCCGAUGUUUGUGUAUGUAUCUCGUGAAAAACGUCCGGGAUAUGACCAUAACAAGAAAGCUGGUGCCAUGAACGCUCUUGUGCGAGCAUCGGCCGUGCUGUCCAAUGGUCCUUUCAUACUCAAUCUCGACUGCGAUCAUUACAUCUAUAACUGCAAGGCUAUUCGAGAAGGGAUGUGCUUUAUGAUGGAUAGGGGUGGAGAGGACAUAUGCUACAUUCAAUUUCCUCAGAGGUUCGAAGGUAUCGAUCCAUCCGAUCGCUAUGCCAAUCACAACACUGUUUUCUUUGAUGGCAACAUGCGUGCGCUCGAUGGCCUUCAGGGCCCAGUGUACGUCGGGACAGGUUGCAUGUUUCGUAGAUUCGCUCUUUACGGAUUCGACCCUCCGAAAGUCGAUAACAUCUCAGAAAAGAGUUCGGAGACUCAGGCUUUAAAGACGAGCGAUUUCGACCCCGAUCUCGACGUGAACUUGCUGCCCAAGCGAUUCGGGAACUCGACACUGCUGUCCGAGUCGAUCCCUGUCGCGGAGUUCCAGGGGCGCCCGAUCGCAGAUCACCCAGCAGUCAAAUACGGGCGUCCCCCGGGGAUUCUGCGGGCCCCACGGGAGCCCCUGGACGCGACCACGGUAGCAGAAGCCGUGUCCGUAAUAUCGUGCUGGUACGAGGACAAGACCGAAUGGGGCGAUCGUGUCGGGUGGAUCUACGGGUCGGUCACGGAGGACGUGGUGACGGGCUACAGAAUGCACAAUCGCGGCUGGCGCUCGGUCUACUGCGUGACGAAGCGCGACUCAUUCCGUGGCUCGGCUCCUAUCAACUUGACCGAUCGGCUCCACCAGGUUCUCCGGUGGGCCACGGGCUCGGUCGAGAUCUUCUUCUCGAGGAACAACGCGCUACUUGCAUCAAAGCGUCUUAAAAUCCUGCAGCGGCUCGCGUACCUCAAUGUUGGCGUCUACCCCUUCACGUCAAUGUUCCUUAUCGUCUAUUGCUUCCUCCCGGCACUUUCCCUCUUCUCAGGCCACUUCAUCGUGCAGACCCUUGACGUGACCUUCCUAGGGCUCCUCCUCACUAUGUCGGUUUGCCUCGUGGCCCUGGCGAUCCUAGAGGUGAAGUGGUCGGGGGUUGGGCUCGAGGAGUGGUGGAGGAACGAGCAGUUCUGGCUAAUCUCCGGGACGAGCGCCCACCUGGCGGCGGUUGUCCAAGGAAUUGUGUAA